AUGAAGGAUGAUUGUGACCAGUCCAAGGGCGGUCGCGGGGGUCGUUCAAGCCGAAUGAGCAAUGAGGACAGGAAACUUCGGAAUCGCCUGUCGCAGAAAGCCUUCCGCGCUCGGCAGGCUAUGCGAAUCAAGGAGUUGGAGGACAGGCUGGAAUCAAGGCCAUCGUCCGAAACCGAACGAAUCGCAGAGCUCGAAGAGCGAAAUGCUUUUCUCGCCAGCAGGCUCUUCGAGUGCCAUAAGAAACUGGAGAGCCUUCAGGUUACUAUCAAAACUCUGUCAGAGGCUACUGCUGAGGCACUUGACAUGGUAAUCAACAAGGACAAAAAGAAGGACUCAGAUGCCAAUGAAGAGGUGGAAGAUGAUGUUCCUCGUCCAACCUCAGUGCCUUCGUCGACCUCAGACGUCUCUUCGCCGAAUUUGAAAGACAUCUCCGUCUCUUUACUAGAGACGGAAUCUAAUGGCGAAGGGGACAUCGUUAUUCCCGAUCUGACUUUGGAUGCCACUCAUCAGAGCCCAGAAAUCCCGGCGAAUGCAGCGAACUGGCCCGAUGUGGAUACAGGUUACGACGAGAUACCCAACGACUUCAAGGACGCCCUUCAAGCGGCGAUAAGCAACGAUCCCAGUAUAUUCGCCUCCUUGGAUUUGCUCGAGUCUUCCAGUCCGAAUAAUGACGCGGUCUUCAUAGACAAGAGCAGUCCCCUCAUGUGGGAAAAUAUGAUGGCCGAACCAAUCAUUCAACAAAGACGAUCCUUCACUUUCCCGCAGAUGGGUCCAAAUGCAUAUGCUUCUGGAAAUUAUGGUCCGGUCUUGGUGCGAGGUCCCCAUGGGCAGCUAUACCGGACAAACUCCCCGUGGUCAGACCAUAUCACCACUCUCGAAUACUUCUUACGCCAGAAGUGGAAACCGGUGGUCCUUCGAAGGAAUGGAAAAGACAUGCCAGUUGAUGGUCUUCCGAGCUCGGUUUGCUUCAUGCUGUCCUCAUUCAUAUGUCUAUCGUGGCCGACAAUGGCCGCCUGGCACACCUACACCCGAGCUCAUCUUCCCGUCGGCAGCCUUAUGGCGUGGCGCCUAAACCCGACUCCGGAGAUGUAUGCGGCCAUUGAUCCUGCUCUCAGUCCGACGAAACUUCAGAUGACAACGCACCACCCAGCAAUUAUCGAUUGGAUUCCCUAUCCUACUCUACGUGACAAGCUAAUCAUCUACCAUUCCGCCAAUCCCCAUCUAGAUGAUUUGAUCUGCGAGAUCGGCAAUUCAUAUGUCAUGGAAGUUGAUCUUGCGCGUUUAAUCGCAGGGAUACCUCCUACUCGAGGCUAUGUUGGGGUAUGGGAUCUUGUCCGAUCGAUCGCGCCGGAAGCGACAUCAAGUUCAGAUACGACCAAUCUUUUCCAGCCGGAUUUUGAGAAUUCUCCGGAGACUAUCGAUGAUUUCGAUGAGGAGGAAGAGUUGACCAGCGGUGCCAGCUGUUUACCUGCGCCUAACGCAAGUGUGCUUUUCGGCUCGAAAGUGCUCGCCCUGAAAGCAUUCAAGUUGAUAGGCAUGCACAAGGGUGUUGGGAACUUUUUGCUCGAUCCGCAUUUCUUCGACAGGCAUCCAGAGCUUUUCGACCCUGCGGGAAACAUUGUCGCCCAUGGCGUCCCGCUCCGCCCUGGGAACCGGAAGUUCAUUUCCGCGCCUCAGCCCUUGGACUCCAGCGUGCUGGGCAGGUACAAGGAGUUGUCUUCGUGGUCACUUUCCAUGUCCUCGGCCAUGAUAACGGCGAUAUGA